CAUACACAUACAUUAUUCCCCAUCUUCUCACAAUUCUCAUUACAGAAACACAAAGCUUUUUAUGUUUUCAUAUUUUCUAAAUCUUCCUUCAGUUUUAAAUCAAAUGGGUUUGAUUUAAAGUCCUUCUAAAAUCCAACCUCAAAACCAUAGGCAAUGGGGAGGAUUUCACCAAUCAAAAUUGUACUACAAUCAUUUACAGAUAGUGAAUACAUCAUCAUCAUAGAUAAAGUUAUCGAGAUAUGGGGACAAUUGAAGGUGAUAGUUUUGGAACCAUUGUUGAGAGUUUUGAUGUAUGUUUCUCUUGCGAUGUCUGUAAUGUUGUUCAUAGAGAAGGUUUACAUGUCUUUGGUGGUUGGAUUCAAUAAAUUGUUUAGAAGAAAGACAGAAAAACGUUACAAAUGGGAAGAAUUUAAAGAUGAUGUUGAAUCGGAGAACUCGGUUUAUCCUCUUGUUCUUAUUCAAAUUCCAAUGUUUAAUGAAAGAGAGGUUUAUCAGCUUUCCAUUGGAGCUGUAUGUGGGCUUUCAUGGCCGUCUAAUCGUAUUGUAAUUCAAGUUCUUGAUGAUUCGACAGAUCCCCUCGUCAAGAGCUUGGUGGAAGUGGAAUGUGAAAAGUGGGCAAGUAAAGGUAAAAACAUACACUACCAAUUAAGACACAAUCGAAAAGGAUACAAAGCUGGAGCACUUAAAGAAGGUCUAAAGCAUUCUUACGCCAACGAGUGUGAGUAUGUGGCAAUUUUCGAUGCUGAUUUUCAACCUGAACCGGAUUUUCUUUGGAAAACUAUCCCGUUUCUUCAUCAUAACUCUCAACUCGGUCUUGUUCAAACUCGUUGGAAGUUCGUGAACUCGGAUGAGUGCUUAAUGACAAGAAUGCAAGAGAUGUCACUUAACUACCACUUCAAAGUGGAGCAAGAAGUUGGUUCUUCCACACAUUCAUUUUUUGGCUUCAAUGGGACUGCUGGAGUUUGGCGAAUGGCUGCACUUAAUGAGGCAGGAGGAUGGAAGGAUCGUACCACAGUUGAAGAUAUGGAUCUAGCCGUUAGAGCUAGUCUUAAAGGUUGGAAGUUCUUGUACCUUGGUUCAAUACAGGUUAAAAAUGAAUUGCCAAGUUCAUUUAAAGCUUAUCGCUACCAACAACAUCGAUGGUCUUGUGGUCCAGCAAACCUUUUCAGGAAAAUGGUUUACGAAAUCAUAAUAAAUGAGAAUGUUACAUUACGGAAGAAGCUACAUGUGAUCUAUAGUUUCUUCUUUGUAAGAAAGAUCGUAGCUCAUAUUGUUACAUUCGUACUCUAUUGUGUUGUAAUUCCUGCAAGUGUGUGGUUACCAAAAGUAGAGGUUCCGACUUGGGGUACCAUUUACAUCCCAACCAUCAUCACCAUUUUGAAUGCUGUUGGAACUCCAAGGUCUUUAUAUUUAGUGGUAUUUUGGAUUGUCUUUGAGAAUGUCAUGGCCCUCCAUCGAACUAAGGCUACAUUCAUUGGAAUUUUUGAGGCUGAAAGAGUGAACGAAUGGGUCGUUACUGAAAAGCAUGGAGAUGAUUCCAAAGCUAAAACAAUAACUAGUCAACAUGAAAUACGUGGCUUCAAAUUAAGCGAAAGGCUUCUCGUGGUAGAGUUAUGUAUGGGUAUUAUCCUCUUUGUAUCUGGUUGUUAUGAUCUUGCAUUUGGAAAGAAUUACUACUAUAUUUACAUGUAUCUACAAGCUAUCGCCUUCAUCGUAACGGGUGUGGGUUAUAUUGGCACUUAGGUCCCUAAAUCAUAGAAUACUCCUCUUUAUGCACCUUAAUUGGCAAUCAUUUUAUCUUGGUGACUUUGGUCCUUUCAUCAUUAGCUACAAAAUACAAUUUUGUUUGAGAAAGUGACUUUAUUUUAGUUCAUUUGAUUGUUACCAUUGUAUAUAUACAAAAAUAAAUCAAAAUAGUUGUGUACGAAGAAGAAACGAACACAAGGACAAAGGUCUUUGAAUAAGCUAGGUGUGACUUCAUGAAUGGUUAAAAAG